AUGCACGAGUCAAUAACAGCGGACGAAGAAAACGCAGUUCUGAAUUCUCAUCUUAAUUUAUCAGAUCGAAAUAGUAUAGAUUCAAACCAUAAUCCCUACCAAAUAGGUGAAAAUGGAAGAAACUCUAAUCAUAUUAAGGGAAAUAGUAAAAUAACGAAAAUGUUGUUGCUAACACAAAUUAUGGCUGGUUUACAACUUACCUGGUCAGUGGAGUUAGCAUACGGAACUCCUUAUUUACUUGAUUUAGGGUUAUCUAAAUCGCAGAUGUCUCUUGUAUGGAUUGCUGGACCUUUAUCAGUUGGAGCAUUUUCAGAUCGAUCCACAUCUAAAUAUGGACGAAGACGGCCUUAUUUAAUAGUAGGCAGUCUUAUGGUUAUCAAUGCUUUUAUAUUAAUAGGGUGGACAAAAGAAAUAUCCGAAACUGCAUCAAAACUGGUGGCUGUAUUCGCGUUUUACAAUCUUGAUUUUGCAAUUAACGCUGUAAUGGCAGCUGCUCGUGCCAUAAUUGUUGAUUGCCUACCUCCAUCACAACAAGAGGAAGGCACAGCAUGGGCCGGGAAAAUGGUUGGUAUAGGAAGUGUUAUCGGUUAUUUCAUGGGAUAUAUAAAUUUGAUGCCUAUUUUUCCUUUUAUGGGUGAUCAACUGAAAGCGUUAUGCAUUCUCGCAUCUAUUUCAUUACUUUUAUCUGAUGCACUAAUCUGUUGGGCAGUUUCAGAACAAAUAUACACCGAUGAAAUCAGCACAAAAACUGCUUGGGCUUCCACCAUGGAGACUUUUCAUUCAAUUUUCAAAGCAAUUUUUAAUCUUCCUAAACCCGUACAAUACAUUUGUAAUGUACAAUUUUUUGCAUGGAUGGGUUGGUUUCCAUUUCUAUUUUAUUCCACUACAUGGGUAUCAGAAAUAUAUGUACGUGAAAAUGAAUCUAGUUCAGAUGAUGAACGUAAAUUACGCGAAGGUUCAUAUUCAUUAUUAUUAUUUUCACUUGUGGGCAUGAUUGCAUCAUUUGUUCUUCCGCAUUUGGUUACUCCCUCAGGAACUGGAAUCCCAUUGAAGAGAAUUAAAAUAAGACAUUUUUUGACAUAUCCAUUGGUAUUUUUAACACUACCUAAAUUAUGGACAUUAUCGCAUUUUAUCUUUGCCUUAGCAAUGUUUUCAACGUGGUGGACAAAGAGUGUUUUUCAAGCUGAUUUAAUUGUAAGUUUCUUAGGGAUAUCUUGGGCAACAUCAAUGUGGGCACCAUUUUCAUUAUUAGGAGAAAUCAUAGCAACAAACACAGAAAACAUAGAAAAUACAACAAAUAUCCUUAGUGAAGAUUCUAGGCGUGAUUCCAUUUCUCAAUUUUCAAGUUCGACAAUAGGAUUAGUUGAAAGAAAUAGAAUUAACGCGGAAGAUCAUGUUUAUAGAUUGGUUGAAACGUCUAAUGGGAAUAGUAAUUCUGGUAAGAUCGAUUCAGGUACAAUAUUAGGAAUUCAUAAUAUGUAUAUAGUGCUGCCACAGUUUUGCGCUACUUUCUUCAGUAGUAUAGUAUUUGCUUUGUUGGACCCGGGAAGUAUCACGAGCAAUAAUAAUGAAGAAAGAAAUAUAAUAAAUUUGAUGAAAAGAAAUGGAGAAACAGAUGCUGGAGCAGGUUCAAUCGGAUUUGUGUUUAGGUGUGGCGGAUUGAUGGCAAUUAUUGCAGGAAUAUACAGUAUAAAACUUUGGAAAUGA